GCCGCCGCUGAGCCGCGAGCGUGGGCGCGAGGAGGGUGCGGGCUGGACCGGAUGUUGAGAAGAGGGAUGCUGCGGACUCAGAGAAGGCCUGUACGGGGUUAGCGCGCGCGGAGCCAGAGAGAGGGGGGUAAACACACACACACACACACACACACACACAUAUCCGCGGAAAGGGAUCGCUCGAGCUUUCCGGAGACAGAGGAGGAGGAGACGUUCACCGGGAUGCAGGAGGAGGAAACGGCGGCGGCGGCGGAGGCCUCGAGCCCCGCGAGCCGGCAGGAUGAGGCCCUGCUGCAGGACGAGCUGGACAGACUGCAGGAUGAGAAUGACGAACUCAAGGCAGAGAUUGAGGAGAUGCGCAUGGAAAUGGAUGAGAUGCGCGACACCUUCUUCGAAGAGGACACGUGCCAGCUGGAGGAGGUGCGGCGUGAGCUGGAGCGUGCAAACAAAAACUGCCGCAUCCUGCAGUACAGACUGCGCAAAGCCGAGCGCAGACGCAUGCGCUAUGCGCAAACCGGAGAGGUAGACGAGGAUGUGCUGAGGAGUCUCGAGCAGGACCUGAAGGUGGCGAAGGAUGUGUCAGUCAGGCUGCAUCACGAGCUGGAGAAUGUGGAGGAGAAAAGAACCAAGACUGAAGAGGAGAACGAGAAACUGAGACAAAAACUGAUUGAGGUGGAAAUCACCAAACAGACCCUGCAGAACGAGCUGGAGAAAAACAAAGAGUCUCAAAAGAGAAGAGGCAGUAAGGACGCCCAGAAAAGCGAAAGGAAGCUUGCGCAGACCCCCAAUGAAGACGAUAACGAGGAUCUAAAGUGCCAGAUCUCCUUCAUUAAAGAGGAGGCCACGUUGAUGCGGAAGAAGAUGGCAACAAUUGACAAGGAGAAGGACCGCAUGGAGCAGGAGCUGCAAAAGUACCGCUCCUUCUACGGAGACUUAGACAGCCCCCACCCCAAGGGUGAGGCCGGGGGUCCGCCCACCACUAGAGAAUCUGAACUGAAGCUCCGCCUUCGCCUGGUGGAGGAGGAGGCCAACAUCCUGGGUCGGAAGAUCGUGGAGCUUGAGGUGGAGAACCGAGGCCUGAGGGCCGAGCUGGACAACUUGAGGGGGGAUGAAUCCUCGCCUGAGGGUGCCCCUGGUGGAGCAAGGGGAGGGGCCAGAGAGCAGGGGGCGGAGCUUUCAGAGCUCAGACAACAGUUGCAGCUGGUGGAGGAUGAGGCGGAGCUCCUGCGUAGGAACCUGGCGGACGUAGAGGAGCAAAACCGGAGGGUGACGGGCGAGCUGAACAAACUUCGCUUCAAGGAAGGCUGGAGACAUGGCAGUGGCUCAGCCUCUGGGGGCGGGGCUUCAGCAGCAGAAGGCUUGGCGGAGGGUGGAAAGUCAGAGGCUCUGCAGGAGGAGCUUAAGGCAGCACGGUUGCAGAUUAACGACCUGAGUGGGAAGGUGAUGCAGCUGCAGUAUGAGAACCGUGUGCUGCUGUCCAACAUGCAGCGCUAUGAAGUGACCACCGCUCACCUGGACAGCGAUGCUGAGAGCGAGGGAGCCGGUGGAGCGGGCGGAGCAGGUGGAGGAGACCGAGGAGGACGUAGAGGGAGCGAUGAUGACUCUUCUUCCUCGCGUCUUCCUCCACACCGCAAGCGCGAGGGUCCUGUAGGGGGCGAGAGCGAUUCGGAGGAGGUGCGGAACAGCGCCUCCCGCUGCCAGCCCCUGUACACUGAUGCUGGACGCUUCCUCCCUCGCUCCCUGCGUGAGCGCCAGCAGAUGAUGGACGUGCGAGCGGAGGCGGAGCGUCUUGGCAGGACCAUUGACCGCCUCAUCACAGAUUCCGGUGCCAUCAUGGCAGAGGCGCGAGUGUUCGUGGCCAAUGGUGACCCGUUCGGGCGCGGGGAAGAGGAGGGAGAUGGCGGGAGGGUCCGAGAGCAUGAGCUGCUCUUCCGCAUUAAUGCUCAGAUGAAGGCCUUCAGGAAGGAGCUGCAGGGUUUUAUAGACCGGCUGGAGCUUCCCAGGCCGGAGGAGAGACGUUCCGAGGAGCCGCUGUCUAUGUUUCAGCCCAUCAUUUUACUCAUCCUCAUUCUAGUACUCUUCUCCUCACUCUCUUACGCCACCAUGUUUAAACUUGUUUUCCUUUUUACCCUUUUCUUUGUCCUGUAAUCUUCCACCAUUUUGUCGUUAGCAUA